AUGUCUCAAACUUUAUAUUUCAGACUUCUUCUCAUCGCUCUCUGUUCAUUAUCUGAAUGCAUUCAGCACCGCUAUCAUUAUAUAAACAUGAUAAAGACCUGGACUGAAGCUCAGAAAUACUGCAGAGAAAACUACACAGAUCUGGCCACAAUCAACAACAUGAAUGACAUGAAACAACUGAUGAAGAGUGGUGUCUGGAUUGGACUGAUGAAUACAAGUGUUUAUAACUGGAAGUGGUCUCUGGGUGAUCCUGUGAAAUAUACAAACUGGUCUAAUGGAGACUCAAAUGGUUCAGAUCAUUGUGUUUAUAUGAGAGAUGGAUCAUGGUAUCAUACGGACUGUAAUAUGAAGAUGAGAUUCAUCUGCUACAAUGAUAAUCUGAUAUUGAUCCAGAAGAAUCUGAGCUGGUCUGAAGCUCUGAGAUACUGCAGAGAGAAUCAUGUGGAUCUGGUUUCAGUUGAUUCAGAGGAGAUUCAGUUCAUGGUGACUAAAGUGAUUCAUCAGUCCUCUACUGACGCUGUGUGGAUGGGGUUACACUAUUACUGCCAAAUGAACCUCUGGAUCUGGAUACGAGGAGAGGUCGUGUGCUAUCAGAAUUGGGCUCCAGGGAAUGAAACAGCAGUGGAUGACUGUGACCGUGAAGUGAAAUCUGGAGCAGUUCAGUCUGGAGAUCAUCUCUGGAUCAGUCUUCCUCAAUCUCACAAACUCAACUUCAUCUGCAGCAGAUAUGAAGAAUAAAAUCAUUGGUGUCUAUCACUUCCUUUUUUUCUGGUAAUCUUUAAUCUGUAAUAUGUUUAUAAAUGGACCCUACCGCUAAAUACAACAUUAUGCCUUAGUUCAUAAUCAUUUUUAAAAAUAUAUUUUCUAUGUUAAUCUUCUGACAUAUAUUUUCUUGUGUUUUUUUAAUAACUGUUGAAUUAUAUGAAAUAAAUGUGUUUAUAUUUUGGGAGUGGGUUAAAGUUCAUGAUAUUUACUCAUCAGAUGUCACUUCUGUUCUGUUUCAUGUGUGAUUAAUAAAGAUUAUGAGCUCAUAUCAGAGUUUAAUGAGAUUUAUUUCUGGAUCUUAAGUGAAUCAUAUGAGUUUAGAUUCCUUUGAUUCUUCUCUUUAAAAUCGUUCAGUUCACUCUGAUUCUUUAAUUUCUGACACAGUGAUAGAUGUUUGU